UCCGCUCGAAUUGACUGGCACCCACGGCCCACGCGUCAAUUAAACGUUUAAAAUGACAGAAUAUAGAGGUGGAUUAAGGGAAGAUGGUCGAGUAAGACAGCUUAUGAAGAGGAGAGAGAAGCAGAAAGAAGAGAUUGAAAAGAAGAAACAAAAGAUUGAGAGUGAUGUUAAAUUUGCGUCUAUUGGGACAAAAUUUUCAUCUCACUACGACGCAGUGGAGCAACAGCUUAAGUGUAGCACUGUAGGUUUAGUGACCCUAGAUGAAAUGAAAGCUAAACGAGAAGACCUCAUCAAGGAACGAGAGAAAGAACUUGCUAAAGCAGAACCCAAGAAGUUUGGAGACAGCAGUAAGAAGGAUAAGAAAAAGCAUAAGUCAAAGACAAAAGGUAACGUGACAUUGUCAUUCGCAAUGGAUGAUGAAGAGGAGGAUGAAGAUCAUGAAGAAUUUGAAGUGAAGAAAAAAGGUGUAGGGAAAAAUCCGGAUGUAGACACAAGUUUUCUACCUGACCGAGAUCGAGAGGAAGAGGAGAACAAAUUGCGAGAGGAAUUGCGGCAGGAAUGGGAAACCAAGCAGGAGAAGAUAAAGCAGGAAGAAAUUGAGAUCACAUACAGCUAUUGGGAUGGAUCUGGACAUCGGAGGCAAACAAAGAUGAAAAAAGGUGACACCAUGCAAAGAUUCUUAAUGAAAUGCCUAGAAAAUCUGAAGAAAGAAUUUAGUGAAUUGAGAGCUUGUACAGUUGAGGCAUUGAUGUAUGUAAAAGAAGACUUGAUUCUACCACAUCAUGCAACAUUUUAUGAUUUCAUCGUGACAAAAGCAAGAGGAAAAAGUGGUCCACUAUUUAAUUUUGAUGUUCAUGAGGAUAUACGAUUGGUGUCAGAUUCCAGAGUUGAAAAAGAUGAGUCUCAUGCUGGUAAAGUCGUUUUAAGAAGCUGGUAUGAACGAAACAAGCAUAUAUUUCCCGCAAGUCGAUGGGAAAUAUAUGACCCAGAAAAGAAAUGGGAUAAAUACACAAUUAAAUAAUCCAACUACUAGUUAAAUGAAGCUGAAAUAAGAAAAGAGCGACAAAACCAAAAUUUUGCAACAUCAAACAUUCUCCUGUCAUAUGUAUUCUGAUAAUGGAUACACCUAUGGAUUCACAUUUCUUCUCAUAUGAGUAUAUGUGUAUCAAUUACGAAAAUGUGUAAAACUAUUUAUUAACAAUACUGAAUAUUGUUUUGGAAAUAGAGCUGUCUAUUGUAGUGGUGAUGUAGCUGGUGGUUGACAUACUUGCCUUCCAAUCUCAGGGUUCAUAUUCUGAGACAGUACAGGAUUUUUUCUAAUGACUGAAAAAAACAUCUCCACUCCCUUGAGCCUC